GCUACAAUCCCAGCUGAGAACACACGCGUUAAAAAUAUUCCGUCAGACCGGAUCGGGGCCAGACGGCGUGUGUGUUUAUAGUAGACGAAGGAUACGUACACUUCGGCUGUGGUGAAUAACGGUGUAGAUGUUUCUGGACUGACCUCCUCUGACUGCACGUGUUUGCGCAUGCUGUUCAGUCAUGUGACUAUGUGUGGUGUGUCCUGAUGUGGGAUGUCCAGCGUUAUGAGAACAAGAGGCUUGUUUAUGUCCUGGAGACAGCUUCGACUGAUUGUCUUCAUGAUUAUAGGGCUGGGUUCAAGUGCACACAAAGUUUCAGAUGAAAACCCAAUAAUUAUGUGGUGGGACUCUAUGGGUAACAUCGACAGACUGACGUCAUGUGGGAAAUACACCUGCCAGAUCACCGUCAACAGAGCCCGGAUGACAGAACAAAGUCACAUGGCAUACAUAUUUGACGGCACUAGCUUUGGUGAGACAGGAUUUCCGUUUCCACGACAACGCGGGGACAUAUGGGGUCUGUUCAUGAACGAAUCACCCAAAAACAACGAAUGGUUGAUCUCCCAAGAUGAAGUUAUCUACCUUUUCAACUACACCUCAACUUUCCGGAGAGAGAGCCACUGUCCAUUUCCAACACAGUGGUUAUCAGAUAUAAAUAGUUUGACGGACGUGACCUAUUUAGUGCGGACGUCGGAGAAGACAAGGUUGAGGAAGGAAGAAGGACUGGCGCCAAUUAUAUAUGUUCAUAGUGAUUGUGUGACUCCUUCAGACAGAAGGGCUUACUUGCAAAUGUUACAGAAAUAUGUUCAAGUUGAUUCUUAUGGACCAUGUGACCAUAACAAAGACUUUCCUAACAGUACUAAUUUUGGCACCAUGGCUGGGAUGCUUUCUCCCGAGUUUCACAGGUUCGUCGCCCAGUACAAGUUCGCUUUUGCCUUUGAAAACGCCGUGUGUCCGGAUUACAUAACGGAGAAACUGUGGCGCCCCCUUGUAGCAGGGACUGUGCCUAUUGUGUUCGGGUCUCCGACUGUGAAGGAUUUUCUUCCUGCAGAGAAAUCGGCCAUCGUGAUAACUGACUUCGACAACAUAGAGGACGUGGCUCGCCAUAUCAACUACCUGGACCAACACGAUGACGAAUAUGAAAAGUAUUUACAAUACAAAAAAACUGGAAUUCAAAACGAAUACCUCAUCGAAGUCGAACGGAAGAAAGCAUUGAGUGACGGGAUUGAUAUAUUCAGGAAGUUUGAAUGCUUCCUGUGCCGGAAGUUGCAUGAUGCCAUCAGAAACCACAAUGCAGAUGAGGAUGCUACCGUGUCCCAAGGGGAGAGAACUCAUUACGGUUGCCCUACGCCGUUGAUGUUUAAUGCUGAUGGGCAGUAUGUUGUGCCAAGAAACUCUAGAGAUAAUGUCUACAAGAAAGCAAGACAUCGAUCUAAAGCAAUUAAGCAUUUUCAUGACCGAAAUAUCAACGCUACGUUUGAUGACAUUGAGAAUUAUGCCAAAAUGUUGCCAAGAACAUGUCAUCAUGUUCACGAUGAAUUGUAGUGAAUCAUCGCACCAUUAAACUGAACGCAGCGUUCGUUAUCAA